GACGACGACAGCGACGCGGAGACCGUCACCUCGCCGGAGGACGCCUCGGUGGGGGCGGGCCGCACGCCGCCCACGUCGCAGUCGCCGGCGUCCAGGCAACGCGGGUCGGCGCUGAAGGCGCACGUGACCUGCAGCUCAAAGUACCACGCGCGGUACUCUGCCCCCGACAAGCACGCCAGCAGGGAGUGCCCCUUCUGCACGGUGUGCCACAUGAUGGAGGCGCUCUUCAACGGCUACACGCGCACCUGCUGCUGGGGGCACGGCCCGACGGAGCGCCGCAUCGCGUUCCACCUCAAGCACCACCCGCGCGUCCACGCUGCCGCGCUGGAGCGCCUCGCAAGCUGGCGCCAGGGCCUCCCCCUGCCCCCGUCCGACGGCGUCGUGUAG